AUGGAGCAAGAGAAAGAGAAAGAUGGAGUGAGCCUGGAAGGAGGGAGAGUGAUACUGGUGCCUUACAUGAAAGAACACGUUCCAAAGUACCAUGAGUGGAUGCAAGACCCAGCUCUUCUCCAAGCCACUGGCUCUGAGCCCCUCACCCUCGACCAGGAGUACCAGAUGCAGCUCACCUGGACCCAAGACCCCAACAAGCAGACUUUUAUUGUAUUGGAUAAGCAGUUGGUUGUGGGAGAGUUCAACCAUGGACGGCCCCAUGUGGAAGCCAUGGUAGGUGAUGUGAAUUUAUAUAUGAAUGACCUGGAUGAUCCUCAAAUGGCAGAGAUUGAAAUAAUGAUUGCUGAGCCAAAAAGUCGUGGUAAAGGACUUGGGAAGGAGUCUGCCUUGAUGAUGAUGGCCUUUGCAGUUGAGAAUCUGGGGAUCCACAUCUUCCGUGCUAAAAUUGGAGAGCUAAAUGGAGCAUCUCUUAGCUUGUUCCGGAAAUUGGGCUUUGAGGAGACUUCUUAUAGUGAAAUCUUCAAAGAGGUGAGCACAAUUAUCUUCAUGAAAUAUGCAUAUCUGCACAGGCUUUAG